AUGAAGAAAUUUAUUGAAACCAAUUUAAAAGAAAGCAGUCAGACGAGAUGGUUGGCAAAACAUGUUGCUGUGAAAGCCCUCUUAAAUAAUUUGCCGGAAGUAGUGGAAUCCUUGGAAGAACUUAAGCAAACUUCUCAUGCUCCGGAAGCAAAGUACGAGGCAGAAGAGGCUAAAGAAGUUUCUGGAAAAAUUGGCGUCGAACCUAUUCUGCCAAAUAAACGAAUUCCGAUGUGCAAAAAACAAUUUUACGAGAUGUGUGAUGACGAAUCACGAACACUUCAAGCAGUUAAACUUUUUUCUCAAGCAACAAUGAUUGUAUUUUAUAGAAUCUUAUCAGAAAUUAAAAAGAGGGUUGAUAGUGCUACCACGUUGAAUUCGAAUUUUGCUUUUCUAAAUGGUAGUAAAAUUUCGACUAUAUCAACUGAAGAACUGCAAAAGCAUGGAGCAGAUCUGGGACGAAAAUACGAGCGAGAUUUAAAUGCGGUUGAAUUCUGCCAGGAAUUCUACGUUUUUAAAGAGCAAGGUCUACUUUUAUUUGGAGAUAUAAAAAAUGCUAGCGCUUUCAAUCUCUUGCAACAGAUUUAUAUGCAUGAUUUGUAG